AAAAGACGGGAGAAAAAAAAAGACGGGAGAAAAAAAAAGACGGGAGAAAAAAAAGAAAAGACAAACAACGGGAUUGGUCCCAAUUCUCGCUGGCCAAGCGAGCCCUGCCUGCCCAGCCCGUGGAUGGGCUUCAAUCCGUGGAUAUUAGCGAGAUGGGAUGGCUUGCGCCGAACAGGCGGAAUUGAUCUCAACUUGCAUGGCCCAACCGCUGCCUGGCAGUCAAUCCUCGUGUGCCUCGCACGCCAGCCUCCCAUCUCCAUCCCGACUAGGGAAGACGACUCGCAACCACUUUGUCAGUGGUUGGCUGAUCCUUGGCCCGAGCUCGAGCCAUUGCGGCUGCUUGCUCCUCGUCCCCAGGCAAAUUCAAUUCGACCUCUGAUACCGACACCAGACCACUCUUCGUGGCCGCAGCAGGAGCGCCGCUGCCAUAAGCCUCGAGAAGCUGGAGCUCAACCAGCCUGGACGUCUGACCGGGCCGCGAUACGACCCCAGCUCCUGCCUAUCCGACCGCUCCUGUCGUGUCUCCGUCCUCCGUCCUCCGCCUUCUUCCUCGCCCUCCUCGCCCCCUUUCUCCCACCAUCACCCGCCCCCCCGGCCUAGUUGCACGACCGCCUCGCGCCAGAGACACAAACACUAGGACAGACGAGGGCCCUCGGCGGGCAUGAACCACACGCGAUCCAGUCAGAAGUGCACUUGUGUGUCUGGGCCCGCGAGCACCUGACCACAAGCCCUCCCGACACGCUUCUCUCUGGCCUGAACGCGAGGUAUCACAACCUUGUUCUGCCUCUUUGCCUGUCGUCCUCCGCGCCGCGCACAGCGUCGCCGACCCUGCAGCCCCUCCAGCCCUCGUCCCAGCGCUGCUAGUCCUCCCCAACCCACGCAUGUCUGAUGCGCAUCUACUGGCACUCUACGGCUACCUGCAUGGCCGUUCGCGCUUGAUGUGAGCCGCCAGUGAAGUACUCGACCACGCACUCGCAUCUCAUAUAUGCCGCCUCUGGUGCCUCUCCCGCACCCCCAAACCUAGACCACCACCUAGACGUUUCAUUGAGCCGCACAGCGUGGCCCAUUACCCACUCACUCACUCCUGGCACCUGCAACAGCGGAGAUAAAAUCAAGCGAAAAGGAACGCGGGGACGUGCAACCACACACGCUCAAGCUCACACUCGCACACAGGCGCAGAAACGCCACCUCUACUGACCUGCGUCCUCGCAUCGACUCUGCUAUCGCCAUCAUUUGCGCCGCCCUUGCGGUGAGGGCGUUCGGUUUGGCUCACAAGGCGGUGACUCGAGCGGGUCUGUCCCCCGUCCACGGUGCCCAUAUAUGUGGCCCCCGCCUUGUCCAGUCCCCUUGAACUCCCGAUUCCGAUCCAGCCAAGCAAAGCAGCAGCCUGAUUCUCACCGCUCCCAGGCUGUGAUGCCUCAAAGCGGUCAGGCCCCGCCGCAGGAGCCAUCCCUAGCACCGCCACCCGCACGUUCUGCAUUUCCACUGCAGACCGGGGUCACCCGGCAACCUAGCCUGUGGCGCAGGAUCCUUGGCCGCGCCCAUCAUGGCAACAAGGCCCGGCUACCGGCCCCGGCCCCUCAGCCUAUCCCGGAGUCGGAGUGGAAACCGGGCCGGAAGUCGGAGCCUGAGUGGAGACCAGUGUCGGAGUGGAAGCCGGACCCCAAACCCGAGUUUCAGUCUCCAGCUCCGUCUCGACCGAAGUCUCAACCUCAACCUCAGCCUCAACCCCAACCCCAACUGCAGGCGGAGCCGGAGCACGAGCCGGAGCACGAGCCUGAGCCCGAGCCCAAAACUGAGCCCGAGCCCCAGGCCGAGCCAGAGCCCAAGGCUGAGCCAGAGCCAGAGCCCAAGGCUGAGCCAGAGCCAGAGCCAGAGCCAGAGCCAGAGCCCAAAACCGAGCCCGAGCCCCAGGCCGAGCCAGAGCCUCAGACUGAGCCAGCGCCGGAGCCAGAGCCCCAGACUGAGUCAGAGCCCGAGGCCGAGCAUGAGUUCAAGGUCGAGAAUGAACCCAAGGCCGAGCACGAACCCGAAAAGGCCAUGGAGGACAUGGCAGACGAGCUCGACCCGGACGACCCACGGCUAUUUUCUCCGCGUAGGACAAACCGCCAGGUCGUUCCCGGCCUACCUAGGGCGUUGACCUUCAAAAGGCAAAAAUCAGAGCUGCGCGACAACUUGAUGCCCGCCGAGCUUUCUGCAGAUGAGCGCCGAGCCUUGUCCAUGGACCGGAGGGUCGCGUCGCCGCCCUUGUUCAGCUCCGAUUCCCAGUCGAACCCCCGUUCUAGCGUGUUGGAUGCCUCAUUCCGCGCCGCUGCCACCACCAGAGCCCCUGUCGAUGUCGACACCGCCACGGAUGCCGACACAAUUACCACCGCCGACAUGACUGUCGAUGCUACCGCCUACACUGCCGCCGACACCACGGCAGAUCCCGACGCUACCCCUCACGCAUCUACUCCCACCCGCUUCCCUACUCCUACACCUGUUCCGAAUGGCCUCGUCAGCAGCACAACCGUCUCACAGCUUCCCCCCUCUGUCCCAUCACCAUCGCUGGCCUCCACAGCGCCCUACGGCCACGAUCCCCGCAUCACGGUGGAGACUCUCAGCGAUGUUGAGGCGUUGGAUCUCGAUCCUACAGAAUCAAAUGUUGACCCUCGUCCAGAGCCGCACGCUGGGCUGAGGCCUCCGGUCAUGGACACAGCCUCCAUGACAACCUCGCAAUACGACCAGAUGAUCCACGACGACCUGGAACGCAUCUGGAUUCUCAACCUGUCCAUGCACUUCCGGGACAAGUCAAAACGGGAAAAGUUCUUCAUCACCUAUCGCCAGGGAGAGUUCCGUUGGCGACGUGUCACCGUGUCCCUCGACUACAGGAACGCGCCCGAAAACUCUCUGGAGCUGGACCUGGAACACACUAAGUUCCAGCGUGAGAAGAACGCCAAGAUCUAUGAGGCCAUUCGUGAAAGUCUGCAGGACAUCCAAUUCUACGAUACCGUUACCAACCUCAAGCUUCAGACCACGGACGGACGGCUCCACGUGCACGUUGUCGAAGAUGUCAACGAGAUCAUCGCAUACCCCACAAUCCGCAUGGUCAGCCACUUGCGGUGCAGAAGGGUCAGGGAGCGCGAGAUUCAGUUCGACUCUCACAUGUCCGGGUUUGUUUACAAAGUCAAGGUUCAUGGCCAGACCCUCAUCAAGAAGGAGAUCCCCGGACCAGACACGGUAGACGAGUUUCUGUACGAGGUCAAUGCGCUCACCCAGCUGCAAGACUCGAAACACGUCAUCGAACUCUACGGCGUGAUUGUCGACGACAACGAGGAGCACGUCAAGGGGUUGCUGAUCAGCUACGCCGAACAAGGCGCUCUCAUUGACAUGAUCUUCGACAACGACCACCGGCUGCCUUGGGCCAGGCGGGAGAAAUGGGCCAUGCAGAUCGUUGCCGGUCUUUCCGAGAUCCAUGAGGCCGGCUUCGUCCAGGGCGACUUCACGCUUUCCAACAUUGUCAUCGACAGCAACGACGACGCCAAGAUCAUAGACAUCAACCGGAGAGGCUGCCCCGUCGGAUGGGAGCCCCCAGAGGCAACGCCGCUGAUCGAGAGCGGCCAGCGGAUAUCCAUGUAUAUCGGAGUUAAAUCGGAUCUCUUCCAGCUCGGCAUGGUCCUCUGGGCGAUUGCAACUCAGGAGGACGAGCCCGAGGCACACAGCCGCCCGCUCCGGAUCGAUGCCGAUGUCGACUGCCCACGCUGGUUCCGUGAGGUGGUUGACAUGUGCCUCUGCGAGAACCCGAGGUUCAGAGUAGCGGCUAGGAUCCUGGCAACCAUGUUCCCAAGCUCUAGCGGAAGUGGAGAUGGCCUGGGCCGGCAUCACGAGCACGCUCGCCUGCAACACGCUCCGACUGCCUCAGUGGAUUCGUCCGUGAACACCUACGGUCAGCCUGUCGACCGUGCCGCCAACUCGCCACCUCCGGAAUGGACAUUCGGACACAGGUACAUAGACCCCCCGACGGGCACUUCGAACGAGCCCUACUACUUCCCGACGCGAGGCCGCUCCCCGCCGAGCCCCAUUGCAAGCAACAGAGGAGGCCUUGGGACUGCCCGUGGCCCCUACUCCAGGACGCCGGCAUGGUCCGCCUACAGCUACGACCAGAGCCAUAGCGACCGGUCCGUCAGCGAUGUGCUCGCCAUGGACACCGAACGUGCCGCCGAGGACCGAAGCGUGACACCGAGAACGAGCAGUGAGCCGGCUUGGGCGCCCACGAUCAUCGAGAAGGAGCUCGAAGUGGUCGAUACGCCCGUGGCUGCCCCGGUCGAUAAUAUAUCCGAGGUCGUUGCCAGGCUCGACGAGAACCAAAACAUGGCACACCUGGUAGAGGCGGAGAAAGCAGCUGAGACGGAGACGGAAGCAGAGGUGGUGACAGAUGCAGAGGCGGCAGCAGAGGCAGAAACGACAACAAACGCACUUCCUCUAUCGCCGAUGGGAGAGCUACCUCGGUCAUCCACAGUAUUUACUGGAGACGAGUUCCAGCCCCACGGUGUCCCGCUCCCCCCGUCGUCAUCAGAGGAUACCGAGUACGAAGAAAACGACGAUGAGGAGCUGAGAGACGAUGCAGCAACCUCGGAAUCAGGAGGCGCAAGCCUGGAUUGGAAUGACAUGGAGGAUGACGAUGACCGGGACUUGGGCGAGUGUAUUCCGCCACAUGCGGCGCGGUGGGAGACGGGGAUCACGGAACCCCAGAGCCACAGAGACGACAUGACCAAGUCAUUCCACACGGCUACCGCGACAGAAACGGAAACAGAAGUUAUCCCAGACGCAGCCGUGGCAACAGCCAUGGGUGCAAAUAUAGAGCGGAUGAAGACGCCGUCGACAGGCCGGUGGCUCGCCAUUGGCACCGAGUCGCUCCACGGCGACGGCGCCAGCAUCCUCGAGGUUGAGCAGGCCACAAACACUCCGUCGACGCCCAAGGCCGUUGGCCUCGACACGCCACCGGGCUCGGGGAGUGCGAGGGACAGCCCCAUACACGAGCUUCCAGACGAGCUAAAGGGCAUCGGCUCUGCUCAUGACCACUCCAACGAGGAGGCGCUGCGGGCGCAGGGCUCCAUCCUUGACGACUUUGAUCGCCUUGAUGGCUGCUCUACCAACCAUUGACGACGUCGACUAGAAGAAAGGCGAGAAGAAAAAAGAAGCCCGCCACUAAACACCGCUGAAAGCAUACAACACUCACUUAACUUUUUAUUUGUUACGAAAUACGCACGGAGUUGUUAGAGCCCGUCCCACGAUAUCAUGUACAGAAUAACCCUGGUUUGCAUUUUCAUCCUCGCUGGUCAGCAUUCUUUUGUCCUUUCGUCGUUUCCUUUAUGCUCAGCCUAUCGGUUUGCCCGUCUCCUUGCGUUACACAUUCUCUUCUCUCCAUUUGCCCUUUUUCAUUUUGCCUGUGUUUACUCCAGAACUUUGCUACUUCCUCAUGAUCUAUUCCGUGUUCCCUUCUCGAUGCAUUUACAAAUACGUUGAACCAAGCUCUUCAUGGCGUUGCUGGAGCUUUGGAUAAAAAAUAUGCGGCGUACGCUACGGUGAAGAUUCUGCCGUUCUGGUGUAUCUCCGGAUCGGAUCCAGUCCGAUGUGCAACAUUAUCAUAACAGACUCACCGUACCGUCGGGGGCUCGGUGUUCGGAUCUCAUGGGGCUUUGACUUCUGGUAUUUAAUGUUGUUUUCUUGCCGCUUUCCCUCCCUCCAGCGGGGGUCUGCCUUGCCGCCUUGGACACGAUUUCCUUGGCCAUGGUCAUGUUGGGAUUGCAUUCGGAUCCAUCUCUCACCGAACACCAUUUUCUUCUGCGGGAGGGAGCAUCCUGUUCUGCUCCUGUCCCAGGGACGAGGAGGUAUAUAUAUCUACAUAUUAAUGUGUGUUUGACAUCAGUUCUGGGGGUAUAAAAGUGUCCGUCUU